AUGAGGCGUGCUCGUGGUAUCCUCUUUCCAUCAGUGUUUCGACUUGGCUUGCCACAGAAAACGCCUUUGUUCCGCACUGCACCUUUAAAGUGCGGUCGUGCUGUUCUUUACUGUUCGGUGCGGCCCUAUCAUCAUCACAGGGCGGAUGGAACUGAUGCAAAACUUUUCCCCGGCUUCUCCUCUUUUAAUAACCCCAACAAAGAGCAGGCAACCAAAUCCACGAAGUUGAUGUCCGCAAGUGAUUGCAAAGGUGAGGCGGAGCUGCUAGAAGUGCUCCGUUCCCUAGAUAUGGAUUUACCCACCAUAUCUCAUGAGGAGAAACACACUGUAGAGGAGGCAAAUAAGGAAUUGGAGCGUUUUGGAACACCUUGCAUUGGUGUUAAAAAUAUGUUUUUAAAGAGUAAGAAGAAUGAGUUGGUUCUUGUGACAGCGCUUCACACCACAAAGACGAAUAUGAAGAUGAUUCAAAAAGCAGCUGAUACAAAAGAUCUCCGAUUCGCACCUGAGGAUGUUUUGAUGUCAAAAUUGGGUGUUGUUCAGGGUAGUGUUACACCAUUUGCCCUCAUAAACGAUAGUUCAAAAGGGAUUAAGUUAAUUAUUGACAAGGCACUUAUGGAUAGCCCUAUUCCUGUUGUAUUACACCCUUGCCGAAAUGACAAGAGCACCCUUAUUACACCUAAACAAUUGUGCCAAUUUCUAGAUAAGAUUGGCUACAAAUAUGUAGUUGUGGAUUUUUCUGAAGAAAAUGCUUCUACAGAAGCCACAGGAACUGAUUCGGCUGCUGCGAAGGAAAAACCAGAGGCUAAUAAACAAAAUACAAAGAAUGCAGGAAAGAAGUCUCCUCCUCCAUCUGGAGGGGCUGGUUCUAACGCUGUAAAUACAGCUUCUGGUGAAACUAAGCUAGGUAUUAUGGCAAAACGUGAAGAAAACUUUGCUCAAUGGUAUACUGAAGUUAUUACUAAGGGAGAAAUGAUUGAAUAUUAUGAUGUUUCAGGUUGUUAUAUCAUGCGCCCAUGGUCAUUCUUUAUUUGGAGCCGUGUUCAGAAAUUUCUUGGUUCCCGCAUUGAAAAAAUGGGUGUUGAGGAUUGUUAUUUCCCUAUGUUUGUUUCUAAAAGUUGUUUGGAACGAGAAAAGGAUCAUGUGGAAGGAUUUGCACCUGAAGUUGCUUGGGUGACAAGAGCUGGUGAAACAGAUCUUGAGGUGCCUAUUGGUAUCCGUCCUACCAGUGAAACUGUUAUGUAUCCAUAUUAUGCCAAAUGGAUUCGUUCACACCGAGAUUUACCUGUGCGUUUGAAUAUGUGGAACAGUGUUAUUCGAUGGGAAUUCUCACAUCCUACACCAUUUAUCCGUACACGUGAGUUCCUCUGGCAGGAGGGUCAUUGUGCAUGGCAAACGGAGGAGGAGUGUGCCGAUGAUGUUCUUCAAAUUCUUGACCAUUAUGCUGCUGUAUAUGAAGAAUUACUUGCUGUUCCUGUGGUAAAGGGUAAGAAGACAGAAAAGGAAAAGUUUGCUGGUGGAUAUUAUACCACAACUGUGGAGACCUAUAUUGCUCCUGUAGGCCGUGGUUGCCAAGGAGGGACAAGCCACAAUUUGGGACAAAAUUUUGGAAAGAUGUUUAAUAUUAACUUCCAAGAUCCUGAAAAGAAUGAUGGUUCUACUCUUAUUCCCUGGCAAAAUUCAUGGGGUCUUUCUACCCGAGUUAUUGGUGUUAUGAUUAUGGUGCACGGUGAUGAUCGCGGUUUGGUUCUUCCUCCUCGUGUGGCUAACGUACAAGUCGUUAUUAUUCCUGUGGGAAUUACAAAAGACACAACAGAUGAAGAACGAGAGACACUCUUGGAUAAGUGCAAGGUUCUUGAAAAGGACCUUAUAAACUCUGGCCUUCGUGCAAAGGCUGAUCUGCGUGAUAACUAUAGCCCAGGAUGGCGCUUUAACCACUGGGAAGUGAAGGGUGUGCCUGUGCGCAUUGAGUUGGGACCAAAGGAGUUAUCAUCACAGCAGUUGUCCGUGGCGCUGCGCUACAACAACAGCCGUCGAACAGUUCCAUGGAAUGAACAACUCCCCAGCACAUUCCUUGCUCUCAUGGACGAAAUUCACGAUUCUAUGUUGGUGAGAGCUGCGCAAGAGCGUCAGGAAAACACGAAGAAGUUGACAGAGUGGGAGGAUUUCACACCGGCAAUCAAUAAUAAGGCUUUGGUGUUGGCCCCAUGGUGUGGUUCAAUGGCCUGCGAGGAACAGAUCAAGAAGGACAGUGCAGAGGAAUCCAAAAUUCUGCAAAGUGAAGAGACGCGUGAUGAUGCACGUGCCCCGAGUAUGGGUGCCAAAUCACUUUGCAUUCCGUUUCAGCAACCUGAAGGCGUUGAAGGACGGACUUGUAUCUGCAAAAGCUGUAACAACCAAGCUAAGGAGUGGGUGCUCUUCGGACGUAGUUACUAA